AUGAAUGCGUCGGAGCCUGUCGAUGUCGCCGAGGCAGCCAAGGCGAAGGCUCUUGCGCAUGAUGUCGCCGUGAGCGAAAAGCAACCUGAUCUAAGCCAGGAUUUGACCAUUGAACCUGCACCAGCCGCGUCGUUGAGUCGCGACGAAGACAAUGAUAAUGAUGAUGCGGCGCUGCAGAAGGUAUAUCCCAAUGAUGAAGACUUGCGAACCCUGCGUCGUGUCUCCGGUCAUAUUCCUUGGAUCACAUUCACUGUGGCUUUCGUCGAGUUGUGCGAGCGAUUCUCCUAUUACGGCACCACCGCAGUCUUCGUGAACUUCAUUCAACGCCCUCUCCCAGCAGGAUCCACCGCGGGCAAUCUUCCUCCAGGGUCUGAUUUCAGCAACGGUGUCCCUGGAGCCCUGGGCAUGGGUCAGCGUGCGUCAACUGGUCUGACCUUGUUCAAUCAAUUCUGGUCUUACGUGAUGCCUCUUGCUGGCGCUUAUGUUGCCGAUCAGUAUUGGGGACGAUUCCGCACCAUUUUUGCCUCAAUUGCCUGCGCGCUUGUCGGUCAUGUCAUUCUAAUUAUCUCCGCCAUCCCAAGUGUUAUAGCCAAGCCCGGUGGUUCGAUUGCCUGCUUCUCAAUCGGCCUUGUGAUCAUGGGCGUGGGCACCGGUGGCUUUAAAUCCAACAUCUCUCCUCUCAUCGCCGAACAGUAUCGCGAGGAAAAGCCCAUCAUUCGCGUUCUAGCCAGUGGAGAACGUGUUAUCGUGGAUCCUGCCGCUACCGUGGCUCGAAUCUAUCUUUACUUCUAUCUGAUGAUCAAUGUUGGCUCCCUAAUCGGUCAGAUUAGCAUGGUCUAUGCCGAGCGAUAUAUUGGCUUCUGGCUUUCAUACCUCCUUCCCACCCUGAUGUUCUGUUGCUGCCCAACAGUGCUCUAUUUUUGCCGGAACAAGUACUAUCUGGUUCCACCAACUGGUUCUGUCUAUACACAAGCUUUCCGUCUCUGGAAACUUGCAAUGAACGGACGGUGGUCGCUCAAUCCCAUUCGACUGUUUAAACAAACAUCUGCUGAGCACGAGUUCUGGGACCAUGUCAAGCCCAGCCGGCUGGGUGAAAACAAGCCUCAAUGGAUGACCUUUGACGAUGAGUGGGUAGAUGAGGUCCGUCGUGGACUCAAGGCCUGCAAGGUGUUCUUGUGGUAUCCUCUGUACUGGCUGGCCUACAAUCAGAUGUUGAACAACUUGACUUCCCAGGCGGCUACCAUGAAAUUGGGAGGUGUGCCAAAUGAUGUGGUCAACAAUCUCAACCCCUUCGCUUUGAUUAUUUUCAUCCCCAUCUUUGACCGAUUUGUGUACCCGGGCCUGCGUCGGAUGGGCUUCAACUUCACCCCUCUGAAACGAAUCACCGCGGGCUUCGCAGUCGCCGGGUGUGGUAUGAUCGCUGCCACGGUUACCCAGUACUACAUCUAUAAGAUGGGUCCCUGCGGUAAGGAGGCGAACUAUUGUUUGGAGGAGAAAGGCGAAUACACCAACAUCUCGGUCUGGGUGCAGGCCUUAGCCUACAUCCUCGGUGGCAUUUCCGAGAUUCUGGCCUCGGUCACCUCGCUGGAAUAUGCCUUCACUAAGGCUCCACGUAACAUGCGAUCCCUGGUGCAGGCUGUUGCGCUGUUCAUGAACGCCAUCUCAUCGGCUAUCGGACAGGCGAUGGUGGGUCUGUCUGCGGAUCCGCUCCUGGUGUGGAACUACGGCGUGGUCGCAAUUCUGGCCUUUGUCGGCUGUAUCGGCUUCUGGGCGACCAACUACAAGUUGGAUCGCGAAGAAGAUCAUCUGAACAUGUUGCCUACAAGUGCAUAUGAGGGCCGAGGAGAGAAGGUCGACGAAGAAGGGCGGCAGGAGGCGCUGAAAUGA